AUGUCUUCCGAGCCUCCAACUUCAAUCUCGACACCAACACCAGAGGACAUAUCCAUGGAUAGAAGCAGCGAGACCUCCUGGUCCGAAGCGGCGGAGCCCGAAGACUGGCCAACCCUCCACUCAAGGCCCACCCUCCAAAGUCGCCUUCACAAGCUCUUCGAAGAAAACAUCACCGCCAAAAUAUGCCGCACCGCCACCAAAUCGCUCGAGGAAAAGUUCAUCUACCCCUCGAACCAGGUCCGCAAGACACCCGUCGCCUUCCCGGAGAUCGUCCCCCAAGACGGCCCCGGCGCCGGCCAGUACGAGUUCCGCGAUCCGGACUUCUGGACCUGCGGCUUCUUCCCGGGGACCCUGUACGCCCUGCUCGAACGGACCGUCAAGUACCCUCAAACCAUGAGCUUCCGAAUUUCCGGGUCCGAACUCGACGUCGCCAGUCUCCGCGCGCACCUGCAGGACCUGUGCCGCAUCUGGGCCGAUCCGCUGCACGGCAUGGCCAGCAGGACGGAUACCCACGACAUCGGCUUCAUCAUCAUGCCGGCUCUGCAGAGAGACUGGGAACUCACGGGAAACCAGCAAAGCUUCGACUCGAUUGUCAGGGCAGCGCAGAGUCUGGCGACCCGAUAUAUCCCGUCCGCGGGUGCCAUCCGGAGCUGGGAUUGUCUCCUGAAAAAGGACAUCACCGUCACGGACAUGAACACGAAUCUCCUCGCCAUCAUCGACAGUCUGUGUAACCUGGAUCUGCUCUUCUACGCAUCCGCGCAUACGGGGGACAAAAGCCUCGCAGAUAUCGCCACCACUCACGCUCGAAAACUACUUCACACCCACCUCCGCCCGGAAUCCGCAAAGACGUUUGCAAAAGAUGGGUACAGAGGGCAGCUGUAUUCAACGUGCCACGUCGCCAACAUUGAUCCGGCCACGGGUGACCUCAAGUGGCGGCGGACGUCGCAGGGCUACUCGAACGAGUCGACCUGGAGCCGAGGGCAGGCUUGGGCGGUCUUGGGAUACGCGCAGACGUAUCUCUGGACGAAGGACAGCGUGUUUCUGGAGGCGGCUUGCGGUGUUGCGGAGUACUUCCUGUACAGGCUCGACACUGCACCGGCUUGCGUGGAUAUUCCGAUCAGGGAUGAGAAUUUCAACAGCACUUUAGGCGAUGCACUUACAACGAGAACCAUGGGGCGCAGAGUUCCCCUAUGGGACUUUGAUGCGCCUAUCGAGAACGCUUCAGAUCCCUUGAGAGACUCGUCCGCCGGAGUCAUCGCCGCCAACGGGAUGCUUCUCCUCUCCCAAGCUCUCAAAAGCAUCCAGCAACACGCCCUGGCUAGGAGGUUCUUCGACGCAGCCAUCGAAAUAGUCACGGACACUCUCGAUCACUCUCUCGCCGAGGAGGCCCGUCUUGUCAGAAACGGCAGCCAGGGGGAAAUCAGUGUGGAAGACACGGUCACCGGGAAGUGCUUCGACGGCGUGCUCAAGCACGGCACCGCAAAUAACAACGAGAACGCGAGACGGCAGUAUGCCAACCACGGCCUGGUGUACGGGGAUUACUACCUCGUGGAGUUUGGGAACAGGCUUUUGAAUAUGAAUCUCGUAUAG